AGCUGUCGUGGAGGAAUGUGCUGAGCCCUGCCCCGCAACAACCCCACCUUGCACACACCAGUGAUUAGCUGAGAUUAGCUGAGUGUCUCUCUGCCUUCUGUAAUCGGGGUUUAUAAUAAGCACGUAGGAGACCAGCCUGGCUAUGGGGUGUUGGGGAGUUGCGGAAGGAGGGUGUCAGACAAGUGCAAAUGGAAGAGGCUGUACAGAGAUUUUAAAUCAAUGCUGGGAUGUGGAAACUGUAGGGACAGUUUGUAUCUUAACCAUUGUGUCAUAGCUGGGGGAUGUUUUUCAGGUCUUAGGCUGUCUGCUUGUCACUUGGAUGACCUUGGACAAAUCUUUUUUUGUUCUGCCCAAGUUUCACGUUUAGCUAAGUGUGGGGAGGUCAGCCUAUCAGGUCUUCUGUGUGCACUGCUGCAAGUCCAAUAUCAGCAGGAACUGUUCAGCGAGGAAUGGUUGGGUGUCCAGUGGCAGGAGCACUAGGAAAGUCAGUGGGAGGGGAUUUCUGAUUGACAGUGUUUGGGUGGUGCAAGAGAGAGAAGGCCUCCCUAGAGUGCUAUCAGGGAUAAUUAUUAUGACAGCUUUGAGGGUAAAUUAGCUCAUACAGCAACCAUGGUCUUACUAUAAUGUACUGUAAUGUUGUAUGUAUUUCAGGAUAGCAGAGGUGAGGAAUUUUUGCCUCUGACAGCAUUGUUUGCAUGGUCUAAUAUAACUUAGGAAUUUUCACCGUUUAGCUACAUGCUCUCCAUUUCUCUGUGGUGGAAUGUGCUCUGACCUGUCAGGUUUUGCUUUGCAGGCAUUGUUACCCUUUAAGGUCUGUGCAGGAAGCCAUGUCUGGGGAAAGUUGUGGGGAAUUGUUGCUUCUGUCCACUCCAUUUGGGGCUGAGAUUCAUUAAUAUAUUAGAUCUGUAAUUGGAUGGAUGUCUGUAGAAGAAGAGUGAGGAAUUGUCGUGAUUAAUUGAUUAGAAGUCCUGAGAAAAGCAUGAGCUUUCUUGGAAGUCUUAGCUGCUAUUUUGACAGAUGACAGCAGGUGGCAACCUCUCCUUAAAAAUUCUAUUGUGGAAGAGUUCAAUAUUUGCAAAUUUUUCUCAGGCAGUCAGAAGAGUUUGCUAAAGAAGGGCUUUUUUCCUUUAAGUAUUAUGGGUCCUCUCUUGGAUACAGAUAUGCACAGUGUAUAGAAGGGUCACUUCUCUAAAAGUAAGACUCAAGUCAGGCUUCUUUUUUUUCCCCUUUCAAACUCAGAGCUCACUGACUUGAGGAGGAGGUGCUGCUGUAUCUGCAGAUCCUGAGCUGCAGUGGAGCUGAACUGCUCGGACAUUCCUAAAAGAUAGUGUGAUAUUGUGAUCUUUUAGCUUCUUAUGCAUCCUCUGUGGGCCUUCUCAAGUCUUGAAACCACUGCUGGUUUGCCUUUAGGGCCAAGGACACAGUGAAUCUGUUCAGUACCUAUGAUCCAGCACUUCUGCAGUUGUUCUGUUGACAUUGAGCCACUCUAAAUGGAGUGUUGUUUGCUUUCCUCUAUUUGUGUGGGUUACCAUGACCAAGACACUUUACCUUCACAUUCUGUCCUGACUUAAGUUUGUGAAAAGAGAACAGUAAUGAUGCAGUAAUUGACUUUCUUAUGUAAAACGUUCUAUUGACAAGAAAAGCCAAACAAUUGAUCAAUACUGUUCUGCACAAUUUUUGCAGCUUAUCUUUAUUUGUGCAUUAAAUGCAAAUUAUUUCAGCCAUGCAAUCAGUCCAACACAGAGGUAAGGAGGGGGAACUUGUACCAUUUACCCUACUAAGUUUGUGAUAGUUGCAUUCUUCAGUGAUUCCUUACCAAUUAAUUUCCUGUAGGGAAGAGGUCUGUUGGCCAUUGUCUAUUAAUGUUCACAGGGAAGCUGCCCUCUCAAAAGCCAAGAAGCAGUGAGGCCUGAGUGUACAGCCAGCUCCUUCACCUGAUAGAUUGUAACUGGAGCAGGAAGAGGCAAGGAAGGGAUUUGUAAGGAGCAUUCCAGCUGUCCUGCCUCCACACAGUGGUGGAGUCAGCUAGAGCCUUGUGCAAUAGACUGUUGCUAGAAGAUUCACCUAAUUUCCUGGUGAUGAAGGGAGAAGACAGGGUUUCUGCAGUAGACUGGGAGGCAUGAGUAGGUGCUGGAACAUCUUGAGAUGCACCACAGAGAGUGUGUGGGGGACCCCUAAUUAAUACCCCACAAAGUGUGUACUGGAAGAUUGGAAAGUAAGCUUUAGAGAUUUGUUAUGGUAAUGAGGAGAUGACCUUUCCACCUCUAUUCGUAGGGGGCAUGAAGAAAUAGUUGCACUUUUUGUAAUUGUACAAGAGUUCUGUUCAGAUUCUGUUGAGUCUUAAGUAAGUUGGAAUAAGCUUAAUGUGAGAAUAGCAGUUGGCAGUUUGAUUUGUGGGUGAUACUGCUUCAGGCUAAUGCUAAAAAGCAUUAAAUAGAUUCUAGUCAGUCAGCAUAUCCUAACAGUGCAUAGGGGAGAGAGAGAGAGAGGAUGUCCUUAACUUCUGACUUGUGAAGCAGAAGAAACUCUAAAAAAAGGUGUAGAACUAUUAGCUGGGAGGUCCAAGUCCAAGAAGUAAUGCUAACCAAACUUCCCCCUUGUGUAGACUCAGGAGGGUACAGUUUCUUAUAAGCCCUGCAUCUGAACAGAGGGCCAUGUGAUGCAUUGCUGUGGUUUACACCAGCAGUGUCAAGUAACCAGGAGAGGUUAAUCUGACAAGAUGCAGAGGGUUUUGCUGUGCUGCCUGCUGACAGUUUUACUUUAUUCAGCAUGAUAUCAUCUGAGGUUACAGUUCUGUUUAGCUAGAGUUAAAAGGCUGCAGUGCAGCCAAGCUUGAAAAGUUUAGGCACUGCUCAUGAGAGUGACCCCACUAGCCUGUGAACAUCCACACACUAUUUAUGAUGCUUAGAAGGCCUGUUUGUGGUCAGGAAUGGAGUGCUGGGUGCUUUCUCCAUAGUAAGAAUGGAAUCCUACUCAGAACAAUAAUUAUUUGUAUUGUAUUCAGUUGUCUUUACAUUCAAUUUUGCAGCCUCCCAGCUGCCUGCUGUUGAUGUUUGAUUUUCAAUUAAUCUGCUACAUUGUUGUCUAAGUAAUCUCUCACUGGAGACAUGGGGAAAUUUUGUUCCCAUUUUACAGGUGUCACUCCAUCCAUCCUGAGUAAACAAAAGGAGUUGCUGUCAGUGCUGAGAUUGAAACCCAGUAGUUACCUGUGGAUUACAUCUUCUCCCCUUGUACCAUUUGCUGGCUCAAAAAAAAAAGUCAAAUGAUUUUUUUUCCCUUUCACUUUUCAGAGGAGCAAGAACAAAGUACAUUAACUGAACUGGCACACGAUAGCAUUGCACUUUGUUUUCUGUUGCCACGUCACUUUUCUGCUUGGAAUUUAGCCUGCCCUGAGAUUGCUUCUGCUCUCUUUUUGCUUAUGUAUAUACUGACAUUAGCUUGUUUGGAGAGAGCAGCUAGUGCUAGAUCAAAAUAUGUUUGUUUAAAUUAAUUUCUGCAGCUGAUUUAAACCAGCCUGCAGUGAAAACGAGUAUGAUUAUUUAGAUCCCCUUCUUUUUUCUGAAACUCUCCUCUAAGUGGGACAUAUGAAAAAGAGAGCUAUAUUUAGUCUAGAAAAUGAAGCUAAAAGAAAUUGAGCGAACAGCUGUGCAGGCAUGGAGUCCGGCAACCACCCACCCUAUUUACCUAGCAUCAGGAACAUCUGCCCAACAACUGGAUGCAUCCUUCAGUACAAAUGCCACCUUGGAAAUCUUUGAGGUUGACUUCAGGGAUCCCUCCCUGGACAUGAAGCAGAAAGGAACACUUCCUGCUUCAAACAGGUUUCAUAAGCUGAUCUGGGGGAACUUUGGAAAUGGGUCUGCAGAGUCCUCUGGAGUGAUCAUUGGUGGAGGGGAUAACGGAGUCCUGACGAUGUACAGUGUGCACCAGAUCUUGACUUCAAAGGGUGACCCUGUCAUUGGGCAGACAGAGAAGCAUUCAGGUCCUGUUCGAGCCCUUGACUUCAACCCUUUUCAGAGUAAUCUCUUGGCUUCCGGAGCCAAUGAUUCUGAAAUUUUCAUCUGGGACUUGAAUAAUUUUAGUGUGCCUAUGACUCCGGGGACUAAAUCACAGCCUCAUGAAGACAUCAGUGUGGUGUCCUGGAAUAGGCAGGUGCAACAUAUCCUGUCCUCUGCUCACCCCAGCGGCAAGGCUGUGGUUUGGGACCUCAGGAAGAAUGAGCCCAUCAUCAAAGUCAGUGACCACAGCAACAGAAUGCAUUGCUCAGGAAUGGCCUGGCAUCCAGAAGUUGCAACCCAGCUAGUCCUUUCCUCUGAGGAUGAUCGUUUGCCAGUGAUCCAAAUAUGGGACUUACGCUUUGCUACCUCUCCUCUUAGCCAGCUGGAAGGGCACACGAGGGGAGUUCUCUCUGUUUCUUGGUGCCAGGCUGACCCUGAUCUGCUGUUAAGUAGUGCCAAAGACAACCGGAUCUUGUGCUGGAACCCAAGUGUGGGGGAGGUGGUGUAUGAGUUGCCCAUUCGGAGUCAGUGGUGCUUUGAUGUCCAGUGGUGUCCUAGGAAUCCUUCAGUCUUCUCUGCUGCCACUUUUGAUGGGUGGAUCAACAUUUAUUCUGUUAUGGGUGGGAACUUAGAAGCUCAGCAGAAGACACAGGCUGACAAGAUCUCUUCCUCCUUCAACAACCUGGAUCCCUUUGGCACAGGACAGAGCCUUCCUCCUCUGCAGGUGCCUGAGCAAGUAACUCAGACCACCUUGAUUCCACCAUUGAAAAAGCCACCCAAGUGGAUUCGCAGACCUGUGGGGGUUUCAUUUGCAUUUGGAGGAAAACUGAUUACCUUUGGUCUUACCAAAGCUCCUGGACAGCAAAUGCAGCAGAUUUACCCACAUCAGGUAUUCAUCAGUCAAGUCACUACUGAAACUGAAUUCCUACUCCGAUCCAAAGAACUGCAGAUGGCCUUGCAGUCAGGGAACCUCCUUGAUUACUGCCAGGGCAAGAUCCAGACAGCCAAGUUGCCGUUUGAGGAGAACCUCUGGAACUUCUUGAAGGUGAAUUUGGAGCAGGAGUCCAGGACUAAACUUCUCAAGUUGCUGGGCUACAGUAAAGAGGAGCUUCAAAGAAAGAUUGCCUCAUGUUUGAGUAAUGGUAUCCCAGAUAAACAGCCCCUUCCCGAGGCAGGUGAUACAAAUGCUGCACCAGAUCAGCUUUUGAUGAAUUCCAGCGAUGAUGUAGCUGCUGUUUCUUCCUCUUCAGCCUUUUUUGAUAACCUCAUCCCACAGAAUAUGAGCACAUUGGAGAUUCCUGUCACAGAAGAUACAGAUGGACUCAUCAGCCAAGCCCUUUUGUUGGGGAAUUUUGAGGGUGCAGUGGAGCUAUGCAUGCGAGCAGAGCGCUUUGCUGAUGCCAUCAUCUUAGCUAUAGCUGGUGGGGAUAACCUCCUAAAGAAAACCCAGAAGCGCUACUUUGCCAAGCAGAAAACAAAUCUCUCCGUGCUGCUUUCCUCCAUUGUGCAGCAGAACUGGCAAGAUAUUGUUUGCACAUGUGAUCUACAGAGCUGGAAGGAGGCACUGGCCAUCUUGUUAACAUACUCAAAGCAUGAAGACUACACUCAGCUCUGUGACAUGCUGGGUGCCCGCCUGGAGUCAGAGGGAGAUGCAGCCCUGUCCAGUGAUGCCUGCCUCUGCUAUAUCUCAUCAGGCAAUGUGGAGAGGCUGGUGGAAUGCUGGGUAAAAAACCAUGAGACUUCGUCACCUCUUGCCCUACAGGACCUUAUAGAGAAGGUGAUGGUGCUGAGCAGGUCCGUUGAGAUCCUCCGAGGCACAGCAGGACCAGCACCAGGCCCUGUCUUGGCAGAACGCAUCACCCAAUAUGCCAGUCUCCUGGCAUCACAAGGAUGCUUGGCAGCUGCAAUGAAUUACCUACCCAGCAGCUCUAAAGAGCUCCUGAUUGAACAGCUCCGAGACCGGCUCUUUCAUGCUCAAGGAGAGAAUGUGGGUGAUCAGCAGCCACCCCCUUUUCCCUACACUCGUGUCAACGUAGGGGUCAUUAAACCUGCAGCAGCAAAGGGUGGUUCCACCCUUGAAGGAGCAGCCCACAAAGCAGGUCCCAGACAUCCAGAGAAGCCCAACUAUCAGUCAUCGUUUUCCCCUUCAGCACCAUCUCAGCCUUCAGUGCCUUCCCUCUUCACACCUCAGCCAGUGCCAGCGAUGUCUGUGACACCUCACCACAUUGCCCCUCCCCAGGCCAGCAUGGGUCCACAAACAAGUGUCUAUUCCAGAGGGCACCCAUACCCACAGUACAACUUGAGUUUGAAUCCAGCAACUGUCUCAGGGCCAGCUGUGUCACAGUCUCAGCCAUUUGCACCAGUGGGAGUCAGACCUGUUGGUCCUGCUCCCUUCUCCAGCCAGCCCUCUCUGCCAGGACAGUCCAUGUCCAUGACAUCUCCUGGUGUUCCACCACCCAGACCUGCCCUCUUCACUCCAGCCUCAGUCCCAUCAUCGCAGCUUCCUGCAGCUUGCCCUCUCCCUGUGGCAAGCCAGUCUCCUCUAGACUUCUCUUCAGCACCUUUCAACUGUCCCAUGAACAUGGGUUAUCCUCAGGGAGGUCCUGGAGCUCCAUCUACUAAACCACUGCCAGCAGCCAUUCCUCCUCCCCCUACCGGUUUCUUCCCUUGGCUAGAUCCCCACACGGAUCAUGCAGCUCAGGAAUCUUGGAGUGAUCCCUCUACUGGAAGAGGAGGCCUUCAAAAGAAAAAGUUGCCUGAGAAAUUUACUCCGCUGGCCCCUAUCACAGCUCCAGUAAUGGGCCUGCCUGCUGAACCCCAAGGGAUCCAUCCUCAGCUAUCCAGGUUGCAAGAAUCUGGCCAGUCACCCCCAGGAGCACCCAAGGAAGGCAGCCUACAGUAUCACCAGCUACCUCGGGAAAGCAUUGAGAGGAAGGAGCUGCCCCCUGAGCACCAGGCUUUGAAGACUACAUUUGAAGGGUUGGUGCAACGCUGCUCAGCUGUUGCCACUGAUCCAAAAACGCGAAGGAAGCUGGAAGAUGCGGUGCAGCGGCUGGAGUGUUUGUAUGAGAAGCUCCGUGAGCAGGCGCUCUCUCCAGCCAUCCUCAUGGGUCUCCAUGAAAUUGCCCGAUGCAUUGAGGCUAAGAACUACCCACAGGGUCUCCUGGUUCACACCCAAGUUGUGAGCAGCAGCAGUUUCAGUGAGGUGUCUGGUUUCAUGCCCAUCCUGAAAGUCCUCAUGACCAUAGCAGGCAAGCUGAAUGUGUAAAGUGUGGAGCAGCUGGAACAGUGGUCCAAGAGCUGGUGGACCGGCCCACCUGUUAAUGUGCUGCAGGUUGUGGACUCUCCUUCUGACUCUGGAGAAAUAGGUCUGUGCCAGUGCCUGGAACUGUGCUAGGCCACUAUGCCUGGCCCCAUCCACUUUCCAGAAGCCCACUGGUGCCUGCAGCUCCUGGAGACUGUUCUUUCUUCUUUCUUACUAGUCUGAGGCCACUUUUCAUCCCAAGGAUCUCAAUUUCAGGCUGUCCAGGUUGCACAGAGGUCCUUCUUCUUCCCUAUAUCCAUAGCACAAAGGGGAAACUCCUUCCCUUCUAGGCUGACACUGCUUUUUCAGGAAACAAACAGGGCUGGUACCUGCAGCACCACCACGGAAGAGCCUCAGGCUCUAUUCCCUGCUGCAGAGUAAACUCCCUGAGUGGUAGCUGGGCUGCCUUGGGAAUGUAAGCUGGUGUGUCCUCACUCUGUUGGGCUGCAGCAAGGAUCUCUCCUGGCUCCUUCUUUCUCUUCAUUCUCAUCCUUAACUCACUCUUUCACCCCUCUGCACCCCUAUCCUGCUACAGCUGGGGCUAACUAUUAGUCUACUCUGGGUCAGCUUUGGUUCUCUUUCUUCACCCACCUCUCUCAUUUUUAAAAGUCAAGUUUCCUGUUUACCCUCUAUCCACUUUCCUUUAUAUCUUUUCCCCCAUCAGCUGCAGGCUCAAGCCUAUAAUGUUUCAGGUCCAGGAAUGAUUUCCCUUUCCAGUUCCUGGGACUCUCCCAUUCAGGAAUGUUGGCAGGUUGUGCUCUGUGCGCUUCUCCCCAGAGCCAGUCACAUCCUGUCUCAUGGCUAAAAGCUGCCCUUUCAGCCUCCUGGCCUUUUUCACUUCUUUUAUUUUAGCACAGCUGGACUUUUACCCACUGGUGUUAUCUAAAGGCUUCCUACUUCAGGUUUUUCAGAUGGUCUAGGGACUUUAAGAGCAGCAGGGAUUGUUUAAGUCCCAUAAAGAUUUCCCUUGAGCUACCCUGAACAGCUCAGACUUGAGCAGGGAGAGACAGCUCAUUGCUACAGGUAUGAUGCAUUCAUACUGCCUACCGUUAGAUAGAUGCAAAGGUGGUUCUCAAAGGCCCUUUGGCACUAUAGUGGUAGGAAUAUGCUGCAGGAGAUGAUGCUGUCAGGACUUGAAGAUAUGGAUUGUGCUGAGACUUCUCAUCACUCUGGCAAUCGUUCUGGGAGUAGAUGAAUGAAGCAUAUCUGUUCUGAGGAAAUCUGGGAAGGCAUAUGGGAUUUCAGGGCACAUCUUUGUGUGUGUAUAUUUCCCUCUCUUCCUCCCUCCUUGCCUUCUCUCUCAACAUCCUACUUACUAACCAGGCAGCAUAAUCACUGAUCCAUAGCUGAGAGCAAGGCUUAUUCCCAAGAUUUGGAUGCAGCCAGUCCCUAUUUGCUCUGCUUGCUGCUUGAGUGAUAAUGUUAUCGUGUGCCUGCGAUUCAGUGACGUACACGAAAUCAACCUAGUCUACCAUGAGACUUAGGAGGAAGGAGAAUCAGAGAAGGGAGGAAGAGGACACGUCUCAUUCUCUCCUUUCCAGGUCAAAGUGCCUCCUUGUUUGCUGCUGUGUUGUUUCUAUCGCUGUGGUUUGAUGCACUGAGAAAUUACAGAACAGUGAAAUAAAAGCUGUGUUUUGUGAUGUUUUU